UAGAGGUCAUAACAAGUCGCAGCUCAACCCCCUUUCUCUAAUCUCUUUCAAAGCAAAUCCAAAAAAGUAUCUCUUUCUUUGAUUCUUUCAAUAUCAAAGUCCUCAAAGUGGACAUUUUCUUUUUGGGAUCUUUUCCUUGAAUUCUCUUGAAACUUAUAUCCACAUUUUCUUUCCCCCUUUAAAACCCACCUAUACAAACUUCUCUCCAUUGCCUUGGUUUCAGAAUUUAAGCCCAUUUCUCAUGUGGGGUUCUCCUCAUUUCCUUCCAUUUGUCUCUAUUUGUUUGAUUACUUUCUUUACAUGUUAAAUCCUAGUUGGCUUAGGAAAUUUUAGGCCUUUUCCCACCUCGGUAUCCUUCAUUUGGAAACAAAAUCCCAGUUGGGUUCUGCAAUUUUGGACUGUUUCUAAUUGAGUUAGUUCUCAUUUCUUUCCACAUAAUAGAAUUAGAUCAAAUCUUUUUGCAAAAUUUUACUUCAAUUCUCAUCUGAGUAUCUCUCAUUUCCCAAGAAACAAAAUCCCAUUUUGAUGCUGCAAUUCUUGGCUGUUCCUUAUACAGUUUGCUCUUAUUUGUUUGCUCAUUAGAAGUAUAAAAAUCAAAUCCUUUUACAUAAUUUCACUCAAAUUCUCCUCUCAUUUCCUGAAAAGUUAAAAGCUUUGUCCUUUUUUCAAGCCAUGGAUAAACCGGGUUUUGAUGAAUCAACAGCAGUGGCAAUAACAGGGAAGAUCAUGGUCAUAGCCAUAAUAGUUCUUUUUUUAGUGGUGCUUUUUCUGCUUUUGCUUCAUCUUUAUGCUAAAUGGUUUUGGUGGCGCAUUGAAGAACCAAGUGCUCCUCCUUCACGCCGCAACCGACGUCGAUUUGUCUUUGCUCCAGGGCAAGACACUGCUCAUCCUCUACGUGCAACUAAAGGUCUUGAUUCUAAAAUUCUUGCUUCCCUUCCUAUGUUGAUGUUUCGUCCAGAAGAGUUCAAAGAAGGACUUGAAUGCGCCGUUUGCUUGUGUGAGCUUGUAGAAGGAGAGAAAGCUAGGCUGCUUCCUAAAUGCAACCAUGGUUUCCACGUUGAUUGUAUUGAUAUGUGGUUUCAAUCACACUCCACUUGUCCUCUUUGUAGAAACCUUGUUGUUGCUGUUGAAUUUGAGAAUUCAACUUCUUUUCUGUCAGGAGAUGAAGUUAAUGGUCAUGUUCAGUCUCCACAUGAUGGUUUGGCUUCUGAGCAUUCGACAGAUUCUCCUAGUUUUCCUACAAAUGUGUUGUUUUGGGGUAAUCAAGCUCAGGUUAGUAGUGGUGGUGCCGAGGGUGCCCGUGCGUCUGCUUCUAAUUCUGGUUCUUUUGCUUCGUCUUCCUUGACAUCUGGUAGUGGUAGGCAAGAAGGGAUGUCGGUGAUUGAUGUUCCUAUGAAUGUAAAUGAGAACUUUCCGGAGGAGGAAUCAAAGUCUCCAUUGCCUACAAGAUUAAGGUCUUUGAAGAGACUUUUAAGCAGGGAAAAAAGGGUGGCUCCUAGUGGUUCAGGAAGCAGUUCUGUUGAUGUUUGAAGUUACCAAGGGUGGAUCCUAGGAGCUGAUUUUCUUGAACAUGUACUUUUCAAUAUCAGAGCAGAAAUGGUCGGAGAUGAUCAAAUUGAACUCUUACCAUCCUUGAGAAUUGUGGGGUUUUCUUGGGAAACAACAAUUUUGCUCAAUAAUAUAAGUUGGGCAUUUUGAAGCAUUGAGUCUCUUCUCCAAGAUGUUGGUAUUCUGUUGCUGAAAAAGGGUUUGACAAAUGCUUAAAAUAGGUGGUGUCUUUGAAGAGGGUGGUCUUCUCUGAAUCAGAGGUGAAAGAAUCCAUCUUUUCCUCAAAAUAUGUAUAAAAAACAAUUACUUCUUUUGCAGAAGACUUUGUUUCUCUCUGGAUUCAUGUAUUGUAAAGCUAUCAAAUCCAAUUCCACAACAUUUUUGUUGUUUAUUGUGCCUUACAGUUAAGUAAUUAGUUUCUAAUUUUUUUUGUAAGAUUUUCCAAAUGUGCAUAGAAUCGAACUGCAACAAUUUAAAAAA